AUUUACUGCGUGUUUUAAACGGUGGCGGUUUCGUUCCAACCUACGGCAGUGUGUUUGAGAAAAUAUAUUACCUGGUCCUAUUUACAGAUACAGGACUCAAGGCUCUUGUUCACCUUGACAAGGGAGCUGGCACGUUUCUCAUUCAAGGACAGGUAUGCAUCAACACCAGGAAGCCUCGACCAAGGGCCUCUUGGGGAAACUGUGUUCUGGAGAGAAGAAACUCGCGGGGAAAGUAUUUUAUUUGGACAACUUGAAGAAACGACCAGCAGCACUUCUUGUAGAGGCAAUUUAUUUCCAAGGAGGAAGGGUUGAGAGUUUUCUGCACAACGGCGUAAGCUUUGUUGUCACUGGAAAUCGAGAUGUUUUAAAUGUUGCAAAAAAGGAGAGUGAAGAAGCCAAAGGUCCAGUGGUGCAGGAAGAUAAUAUCCUCAUCAAAGACAAACAACAACCUAGGCAUUCAAAGCUGAAGGCCUGUGGCAGUCGAGGGAGGGCUUUGCUGGAAAAAGCCAUUCGCAACAACAAUGAGCGGCUGGGAAGCAGUAUUUUGGCCAACGCCAAGGCAUGGGGAGUUGAAAUUUUGUUUGUGGAUGCUGUACUUCUGUAUUUAAAACAUUUGAACAAGGACACUCAAAGAAAACAGAAAAAGACUGAUCAGAAUCCUGCUGUCAAAGGUCAGUUCACUAUAGCAAUUGCUUUGAGAUCACCCUUCAUUAAAAUUGAAGAUGUCAGCAGGAAGUACAAGCCCUUACAUGUGCAGGCCAUGAACUUCCCCAUUCUGCACUUUUCAAAUAGAUUUAGUCCCUUUGAGUCUCCGUCGCGUGUACUUGUUAAGCAGGCAGAAAAGGCUCCAGUAAAAAACAGGGAAAGGAGUCAUGCUGAAAGUGGUGCAACAGUAGAAGACUCUCACUCGGCGCUGAGCCCGUCACCCUGGCAUUAUCGAAAAAGGGAUCAUUCUUUCUGUGAAUGUUGCCACCAGCCCUUCUCCAAUUUUGAAGAACACCUACAGUCUGGUCAGCAUCGGGCCUUUGUUCAAGACUCUUCCAACUACAGUCUUGUAGACCAACUGGUGUCUCAGAUGCUUCCAGGCUUCAGCCUCAUUUCACUACUGUCAGUUAGUGACAGGCAUUCCGCACCUUCACCGAUUCCCUAUAUGGAUGAAUUGUUGCCUCUGACUGACGCUGAUGGUGCCAACGUAGGUUCUCUCUCCUCCAACCCCAGAUGGAUGGCUGCGUCUGGCUCUCCUGCUGCCUCUGACCAAGUGGGACCAUAUCCAAUCCCAGAUGUAGAGACUCCUCCUGCGAAAUUAUCCUCCCUGUGCCACGUCCAAGUGAAAGAACCAGAUAUUUCAUCAUCAAUGGUCAUAAUGGAAAAGAAUUUAGAAUUCAACCACCAUGACCCAGAGAGCCAACAAACUCAACAGCUCGACCUGUUUCCCUCUUGUGAUCCAUAUUCCCAGCCCCCUGUCCUCAGCCCUCAGAUUCCUAAUUCUGAUGAGUUCUUGGAGCCACACUGCCUGUAUUCAGAACCUCCAGCCCUGAGUCCUCAGUGCUAUAGUACUGUCGGUGCCUGUAAAGUGGACUCCUACUUGGACUCUUUGCCUCAAUCAAACCUGGAAAAUCCUUCUCUACAAAAAGUGGAUUUCUGGCCCAGUAAUAAUUCUGACAGGACAACCAAAAAACGUCACAUUUCCACUCCUAAGCACGUGCAAUGCAAAAGAAGGAGAACCACGACAACCAGUGGUGGCGGUUUGCCUGAAGGCGCUGAUGAAAUUUUGUCAGGAAAAUCCAAUGUGGACAUUGCUUGCAAAAGUCAUUUAUCACCUAGUUUGUUUUUUGAGCAUUGUGCUGCACAGAUUUGUCCACAAAAGCAAGAGCAAUCAAACAUAUCCCGUCUUAGUAAAGUUCAGCCUGUAUGGUUGGGUCCUUAUAUUCAGUUAUUUAAUGAACCACUUGCAUGUCAAGACACCAAGCCAUCACAAUCCACCUCCUUCUGUAUCGAUUCCACUCUCAUCCCGGAUGUGGGGAAGCUCGUGUCAUCAUCAGACUCAGAUUGGGACUGUGAGCUGCUGCCUCAGCUGGAGUCCACUGCAGCUCCAGGACACAGAAACCUUAAUUUGCAGAACUGCGAACUUGACAAGGAUGUCCUCCAACGACCGCAUGCAUGGAUGCAUGACAGCACAUAUGAGUCCCGCUUACACACCGUUCUUCAGCCAGAGAAAUCUGCAGCAACACUCCUUAACAAUGCUUCAUCCAGGGCUUUGGUGCAGAUUGUGGAGGUCCAGCACUGAAAAUUCACAAGAAUGGCAAAAAAUCGUAUUUGAACUGCGCAAAUGAACAGUGAACACUUUUUAAUGUUUUUAAUUGCAUUUAUUAUGAAGCUCUAUGACAAUGCUGUAAACUAUGUGCUUCAACUGAGCACAUUAAGAUGGUUUGACAUAAACCGUUUAUUGUUCUCUGUCCUUUUUACCUAAAGUACAAGUGGGUCAUGAGACUUUUUUUCUCCAGGAUUUUUAUUUUUUUUGCCAUUGUCAUUUUUUUAAUCCAAUGCCCUCCAUGUUCUAAUAAAUUA